AUUUUCUUCUUAAAACCGCUUUCUUCUAUCAUUCCAGCGCCAAGAGUUCGAAAAAUGAAUUCCCACACGCGUCAAAAUUCGGUUAUUUGGAGUCGAACAUUUAGUAAAUUAAUAGCACGUGCGGAGACAAUGAGUUAUAAUGAAGGAACUAUGCUUACUUGUGCCCCCUUUCAAAAUGGUACGCUAUGCUAGUUACCUUCAGGUGGAUGAUAAUUGUUUUUUUUUCCUUUUUUAUUGCGGCGUAUACGUCCUACCUUCAAUUAAUGACAUAUGUGCAUAUGCGACAAAGUAUUGUUUUUUUACUUUUUAGCCCGUGUUUGAACAAGUGUAACGACGGAGAAAAAUUUUCGAAUGUUUUGUCGAACUAUUUCAAAUGAAUAUUUCGUUGCGAGUGGAUCGUCGUAGAUUGAAAUGGUUUAAGUGAUUGAGAAAAUAAGUCAUUUUUGUUGUUAAUUUUACAUAAAGAAAAAAUCUGAUACGAUGGAACGGCGCAAAACGACUGAUGAAAUAAAACAAGAGCCAAGCAAAUUUAAACAUAUAAUGUUAGAAGAAACGCCACGAAUCAUGUUCGUAAACAAAAUUGGCAUAGAAGAACCAAACUUGGGAACUAUUCCUGAAGAAGACAGCAAAAGUUCAAUUACGUUGUUAAACACGUUAAAUUACGAAUCAACAGAAAACACCGAACCAUCACAGUGCUACAAAUUCGAGCGUACUUUGAACACUCGUCCAAAGAAUUUUGAAUCUGAAAGAGAUUAUAAGAAAUCUGCUUGUGAUCGAGAGAGAACUAGAAUGAGAGAUAUGAAUCGAGCAUUUGAUCAAUUACGUGAAAGAUUACCUCAAUGCAAACCACCUGGUAAAAAAUUAUCAAAAAUAGAAUCUCUUCGCCUUGCUAUUCGUUACAUACGACAUUUGCAAGCUGUGCUGGAAUAUGGACCAGACUAUGAGAACAAGUUAUAUGCCGUGCCAUAUACUCAGCAGUUAUCCCCCACUGCCGGAGGUUAUUACUCGUAUCAGCAAUAUUACUGCGCUACUCCUUUGCAGCCUAAAUGUUGGGAAUAUUCUAAUAAUUUAAUAUCUCAUCAAUUUUAAUUUAUAAAACUUAUUGAACAUUGUUUUAGUUGUCUAGAUAAUAUGAAAAUGUAAAAUCAACCGGAUGAGAUAUUCUUUGUUAGAAUGCGGAAACAUAUUAAUAGGUAGGUAUUUAAUUUUGUACAUAAUUUGAGGAGGUUAGUAUCAAAGUGAGAAGAACGCUUCUGAAGUUAGUUUUGAAAAAAUUGCUUUACCCUUUUUUGAAUUAUUUUGAAAGUAACGGACCUCGGAAAUGAAAAAAGAGUACAAAUCCUAUAAGAAUUUAUACCUAUCUCAAUUUUUUUGGAAGUGGAU